AUGUCAGAUACAGCACAUCCCUUUGUCAUCCCGCAGUUCACAACAAAGGACUACAGCUCUUUCUUUCUUGCUGGUGCCUUGUGUUGCACAAUAAGUCAUGGCGCAAUGACUCCGAUUGAUGUCGUCAAGACGCGCAUUCAAAUUGACCCAAAAUACAAGCCGUUUGGGUUUGUGUCAGGGACCAGAUAUCUAAUCGCCAAUGAAGGCCCUUCAGCCCUACUCACCGGGUUCGGUCCUACUGCUGUCGGGUAUCUCGCACAAGGAGGCGCAAAGUUCGCUGGUUACGAGUACUGGAAGAAAUCUUUUGCGACUUUUGUAGGAGACCAAGAUACAGCGGUCAAAUAUAGAACGGCUAUAUACCUCGGUGCUGCAAGUGUUGCAGAGUUUUUUGCAGAUAUCCUUCUUACGCCUCUUGAAGCUACGAGAAUCAGAUUGGUGUCGGAACGCGGUUAUGCGACAGGUCUCGUGUCAGGAUUCACCCGACUGGCCUCUGAGGGAGGAGUCUCUCAACUCUAUGCAGGCUUCUUGCCCAUUCUUUGCAAACAAAUUCCUUACGCCAUCGGGCAGUUCACAGUGAACGAAUUUUGUCAUGAGCUCGCCUUGCGUAACAUGUCGGAAGAGACCAAGAAAUCCAUGUCCGAUUUGUCCAAAUUCGGCAUUUCCUUGGGAAGCGGAGUUAUCGCUGGCUUUGCUGCUGCGAUUUUGAGCCAUCCCGCCGAUACCUUACUCAGUCAAAUCAACAAAGGACAUGGUCCGACUGGAUCGAUGAUCUAUCGCCUCACUACACUAGCGAAGGAGGCAGGAGUCAAGGGAUUGUUCGCUGGCUUAGGACCAAGAAUGAUAAUGACUGCAGGACUAGUAUCUUCGCAGUUCUUGAUGUAUGAUGGUAUCAAACAUGCUCUCGGGGCACCGCCCGCUCUCGAAAUUCAUAAAGAAUAG